AUGGCGGAGAGACCGGAGGACCUGAACCUGCCCAACGCCGUCAUCACCCGCAUCAUCAAGGAGGCGCUUCCUGAUGGGGUGAACAUUUCCAAAGAAGCUCGGAGCGCGAUAUCCCGGGCAGCAAGUGUGUUUGUGCUCUAUGCCACAUCAUGUGCAAAUAACUUUGCCAUGAAGGGGAAGAGGAAAACGCUGAACGCUGGUGAUGUUCUCUCUGCCAUGGAGGAGAUGGAGUUCCAGCGAUUCGUAGCCCCUCUGAAAGAGUCCCUGGAAGUUUACAGGCGUGAGCAGAAAGGGAAGAAAGAAGCGAGGAAAGAUAAGGACAAGAAGACAGACUCAGAGGAGCAAGAUAAGAGCCGAGAGGAAGAGAAUGAGGAUGACGACGAAAGGAUGGAGGAAGAAGAGCAAAAUGAUGAGGAAGAGGUGGACAACUGAGCCUGCUGAGGAGGGAGGUGUGCACAGGGGCUGGGGGUUGUUUGGAGGACUGUAAAUGAGCCUUGCAGGGUCCCCUCCUGUUUCCAGGGGAGCUUUGGGCUGUUCCUCCACAGCCUUUUUGGCUCUCACCUGUACAUAGAAGACUUCUGCUCACACUUUCUCCUGGAGGAACGUGUGCUCCCAGCUCACAGGGGCUUGGCACUGGUUCUGGACAGACUGGGCUGUUUAUACUGGGUUGGCUGUGAAAGAGGGAGGAAGAAACAUCAGGUGCUGAGUACAGAAGCAGCCAGAAGAUCUUGAGAGACUUGAAUAAGCUGAAACCAAGUCAGGGGCUGAACCAAACAGAUCAUUAAACCCCUGGGGUUUGGAAUCUACACAAUGAUGUUGGGAGGCUUGGAAGCUGAUAACUGAAGCUUUUUAUCCAAGUGAUUUGGGUUCUUUCUUAAUUUUCUUGCAUUCUGGCUGUGCCUUCUCUUCCUGCUCCAGCUGUGACAGUGAUCCUGCGUCCUUCAGCCGUGCCAGCUGUGUGCAGCUGCACAAGGAGCA